UUUCUUGGCCAACAAAUGCUGUUUAAUGAACAAUCAAUUUUGUAUCAGUUCUCUCUCUCUCUCUCUGGUUCUGUGUGAAGAAGUUUUAAUUUAAGAGAGCGAAGCCCACACGCUUUCAUCAAACCAAACAUAACAAAACUAAAUAAGAAGGGUACUUGGCCUUGCAUUGCGUCCUUCCAUUAACCCACCCUUUAAGAUUUCAACAUCUUAUUCUGCUGUCUCUGCAACUUUAGAAACCAUCACUGCCUCAACUUUUCAGAUGCCAUUCUCCACUCCCUUCACGUUACAUAAAUAGACACACCUUUUUCUUCUUCACCCUCACACUCAUCACCAUUUUCUUCUCCUCUCUCAUCCGCAACCUGCAUCAUGCAAAUGGCUGUGACGGCCAAGGCUAGAUCCGCUUUGGUGAUGAGUGCAAGGCUUGUGAAUGAGGCAGUGAGUUUCGUCGCGUUCUGCGUCCUCGACCUCGUCGAUUUUCUCUUGUGCUUUGUUUUCAAAGCUGUGGACUUGUGGAUUGAAGCAGAUUUCAGACCCUGCUAUUGCUCUUCCACAAAGGAAGCAAUCACCAGCAGCGGAAAGAUCUUGGUUUCCGAGCAAGGUGGGGAAUCCAAGAUCGUGUCCCUCACCUCUUCCAAGCUUCGGUUGGAGGAUAUCUCUGACACGCUUUACUCUCGACCCUCGUUGGUCUCCGAGGUUUCAAAACUAACCCUCAACGAGCUCAAGAGGUUCAAGCUGGAGGAUCCCGUUCUACACUCCAAGAAAGUAAACGGACACGGAAACGGAAACGGAAACGGAAACUCACGUUGUUCUACAUUCACCGUCAACACCACCAUUGUCGAAAUGCUCCAGGGCAAAUUCGGGAGACACCAUCCCCACCAAAUUCCUAGGUGGUCGGACUGCGAUUGCAAAUACUGCACGAGUUGGAUCUCUUCCUCAUCCUCUCCUCACAACAACCCCAAUGCCAAAGCCUCACUCUUUGUAAACUCCCAUUUCCCCACCACAGAUGGUGAAGCAGGAGAUGACGUGGUGUUCAUACACGGGUUCAUUUCAUCGUCGUUGUUUUGGAGUGAGACGGUGUUCCCGAACUUAUCUAGCGCGGCUAAGUCGAGUUACCGGUUAUUCGCGGUUGAUCUUCUUGGGUUCGGGAGGAGUCCAAAGCCGAGCGAGUCAAUGUACACGUUAAGGGAGCAUUUAGAGAUGAUAGAGAGAUCCGUUUUGGAGGCCCAUAACGUGAAAUCCUUCCACAUUGUGGCCCAUUCCUUGGGUUGCAUUUUGGCACUCGCACUUGCUGUCAAACACCCCCAUUCCGUCAAGUCACUCACCCUGCUUGCUCCACCAUUCUACCCGGUGCCGAAAGGUGAAGCGCAGGCCACACAAUACGUGAUGAGAAAAGUUGCUCCGAGGCGCGUGUGGCCACCCAUGGCGUUUGGCGCGUCGUUGGCGUGCUGGUACGAACACAUAUCGAGAGUGAUUUGUUUGCUUAUCUGCAAAAACCACCGUAUUUGGGAAUUUUUAGCCAAACUCAUCACUCGAAACAGAGUGAGGACGUUCUUGCUGGAAGGGUUCUUCUGCCACACACACAAUGCAGCGUGGCAUACCCUACACAACAUCAUAUGUGGAACUGCUGCUAAAAUUGGAACCUAUUUAGAUGCUGUGAGAGAAAACCCAAAGUGCAAAGUGACAAUCUUCCAUGGGAGAAACGAUGAAGUGAUACCAGUAGAAUGCAGCUAUGAGGUUCAGAAACGGAUUCCACGUGCAAAAGUGAGAGUUAUCGACAACAAAGACCACAUAACUAUUGUUGUUGGAAGACAGAAAGCCUUUGCUCGAGAGCUUGAAGACAUUUGGAACAGCACCAACCACAACUAGAUAAAUAUUAAUAUAUAUGGAUGGAUAUAUAUACAUAUAUAAUUAUAUAAUUAUGCUGCAUGUCGUGUCAAUGCUCUUACGACCAGUCGUAACUACUAGAUUAAAUUUCUGCUUAAAGUUUCCCUGUGCCAACUCAAGUGUUGUUGUAUCUUUUCCUGUAACAAACAAAUGUGUCUAUUUAACAAGUUUGGGUGUUUGGAUC